AGAAAAUAACAUCGCUCAAUUAUAUUUCAGCAAGGAAAUUGACUCCAAAAACUCUGUGAAAUCGGAAUACACAAAUUUAUGCUUGUCAAAGAAGAGACGAGACAAUAUCUAUGAUGAUUCCAAUGAAUCAUUAUCACAAAAUUUAGCUCGACUAUGUCAAAAAGUUCAGGAUAACUUAGGACAAUCAAUGAGAGAUUUUGUGCUGUUAUCAAUACGGAAAGAAUAUAACGGCAGAGUCGAUUGUAUUAAAUCAAAGGGUCAGACAACAGAUACGCGAUGA